CACAGGAGUUGCCGCUGUUCCUGAGAGAAAACAAGAGUGAGAUGUACAGCGCUCCACUCUUUUACUUCAGCAAGGUGAUGGCUUUGGUGCCCGGCUUCAUCCUGGACCCGGUGAUCUUCAUCAGCAUGAUGUACAUCCUGACCAGCCUGCGCAGUGACCUGCCGUCCGUGCUGAUGAUGUACCUCAUCGGCGUGUUCACGUGCAACACGGCCGCCGCCUGCGGCUGCUUUUUCUCUGCGGCCUUCCAGAACAUGUCACAGGCAAUGGCGGUGCUGAUUCCGUUCGACUACCUCCUCAUGAUCACCGGAGGCAUCUUCAUCAACCUCAGCACACUGCCGAAACUCCUGACGUGGACCAAGUCGCUGUCAUGGUUUAUGUACGCCAACGAAGCCUUCUCUAUCAUCCAGUGGUCAGGGAUAGAGAACAUUCCGUGUGAGAACUUAUCAAACUCAUCGAGGUGCCUGAAGAACGGCGAGGAGGUACUGAAUAAGUACAGCUUCCACUCGGGCGACCUGGCGAUCGACUUCAACGGGUUCAUCCUGCUCUUCACAUGCUUCCACAUACUGGGCGCCGUGGCGCUGUGGCUGCGUAGUCGCCGACAGUGAGCCGAGACCCCCAAACGGCGCCGGUGGUCGUCCUAUGACCGGACGCCUGUCCGACGGGGAAGGAGGGCCGACUAAACAGUCGGCGACGGGGACGGGGAGGAUGACUGAGAAACACUGGUGAUUAGGAUUAGAGAUGUGACGUUUGCAGUCGUCUGAUGCGCGAUGCGCCUCACAGAGCGAUCGUUUAUGACAGUUGGCAGGGAGGGACGUUGCCCGUCCGAUAUCGGUACGGGGAUCACUGCUGGUCGGUGGUUACAUAUCACACCCAUAUGGUGAUAGCACGGCGGACGGGCGGCUGAUGCUUCAGCUCGGUGUGAGCUGAGUGGGGGUGGAAUGCGUGGAAACGGGAAUGGUUUGCGGUAUUUGCUUCAUAUUCCCUCUGGUUGACCCCAGCUGCAUGUUGUUAAGUGCUUUUGUCUAUGAUCGUGUUUUGCAUAUAUACUUUUUACAAAUAAAGUAUUAGGUACUGUGUACAAACUGAUUGGUGCUGGAUUCAAUAUAGCCAGUGUCAUGUCAAUAUUUGGGUGCAUAUGCUGAUGUACGCUGAUGAUACAGCAUAACUGCCUAUUAGUUUGUCAUUUUUAGGCAUGAUUGGUGUACUUUCACUAACAUGCCUUGAGCAAACGUGUCCUCAACUAUCAAUAAACAGACGUACGCGAUCGA